AUGGAAGCCAUUGCCAAGUCCUUCGUUCUGGUUCUUCUUUUGAGUCUCGUUAGCAAAGGGUUUUGUGCUUGCACUUUGAACAACAUUAACAUUGGCACAGCCAGAAGUGGGAGAGAGAUAGGAGGCAAGCCAGAAUGGAACGUGGUUGUGACCAACAACUGCGCAUGUGCUCAAACGUCCAUAGUUUUGAGCUGCAGAGGGUUCCAGACUACAGAGCCUGUUGAUCCAGCAAUCCUGAAAAAGCAAGGUGACGUGUGCCUCCUCAUCAUGGGCAAUCUCUUGGAUGCUGGUGCUUCUGUGAAAUUCUCAUAUGCUUGGGAUCCUCCUUUCCUUCUAUUGCCUAGCUCCUCUGUUAUUGGUGGUGGCUGUUGA